UGCAAGUGUAGGCAAGAAUUGAUGUAGACAUGCAUUACAUGAAAGUAGAGAACCUUAAUAUGCAGGAAAAUGUUGAUUAAGAUUUAUGUCUGAUACAUAAAUUAGUUUAAUAAAGGUUUUUUUAUACUUUUUGUAAAGUACCACAUUGGGAACCAUUAAAAGAAUUCUCUUCAUUUGAAAGCGUGGAAAUUAUAUGUUGAUGUUUUCGCUGUGUAAUUAUCAAACAAUUAAACGCCAAAAGUCUAACUAAUGUAAAGGUUUUUGCAAUGGUUAUCCUGUAUUUCGACUUGUUCUUCUACAUUAUCUUCUUAAUUUAGCUUCAAAUUUAACAUAAUACGGAAAGGCAUCAAGGUUGUGCAAAAUAUAUUUCCUUAUUUCGUUCACGUUUCUUUUGGGUUCAUCAAACACAGUUAUCUCGUAAUGUUAUACUAGCAUUUAAAAAUAAGUUACCACUUAUCUCGUUUUGCUCAGGCUAUCGACCCAUUCAAACAGCACACACAACCGCUAAACGUCUCUUUAGAAACUGUUUUGUCACUAUGGCUUCCUAAGUCGGUUCCAUAGUAACAGAGUUUUAAAAGCUAAGUUAUCCUGAAAAAAGAAGUGAAAGUUGACCAAUAACAACUUAUAUAUCAAAAAGCCUAUAUUUAGCCUUAUAUAUAAAAAAGGCACGCGUAGUGUUUGUCACAAACCCUACUGAUAAUUGUUUAUUCGGAAUGUCAAAGGCACUCUAGGCGGACGAAUCAUUUAUUAGGCGGAUGCUGCUUCUGUGCGAGUAUUAUUAUCACGAUGCAGUCAUCACGUGACAUAACCCGGAAGUAAUAACAUGCAUCGUAUUGAAUUUUGACGAUAAAAAUAACCUUGAACUAUUUUAAUCUUACCUGAGCACAUGCUAUGAAAUUGAGGAGUUAAAUUACUUUUUUUAAAACUCGUUGAUUUUUGCUUUGUAUUUGUACUUUGAUUAAACUAAGAUUUCGGACGUUUUUCUUUGUCAGCGAGUUGUAAAACACAACUUUACUUUUAUUAAACGGACUCCACUUUUUUAAAUGAGAGGACUGGACCAGCAGAUGUGUGUACCAAAUGAGUUAGGUCUGGACCAACAACUUGUGUAGGACAUGUUAGAAAUCAAUUAAAGACCAUCAACAUGGGGCUAGAAACUGACUUGGAAAACCAUCAGGAACAGACGCUUACAGGUGAUGUAGACAAACGGAAAAAGACGUUAAAACGUAGUGCGGUCCGACUGGCAGGCUUUAUGUUUUGGACAAACUUUGCCGCUUUCGUUUCCUUAAUGAUAGGAUGUUUUGCUCCCGGAUGGUUAACUAUUGGAAAGAAUGACCUCUCACUAUGGCAUCUCACAAAAUGUUAUCUAAAUUCCGAACAUCCAAUUGAUGCUGUUAAGACGUUCAAUCGAUGUGAGAUAAUAUCGUAUUAUUUGGUUGCUAGGCCACCUAUGGACUUACACGCAGAUCUUGAUUACAUAGACCUUGUGGAAGCUGAAGUUCUAUACUGCAUCGGAAUGGUUUUGUCAUUUGUAACCUUGAUAAAAUUUUACCAACGAAGACAAAAAAUUGCCAAAGGCAUAUGCGAUGAAAUUUGUUUACGAAAAUGGGUUUUACUUUUUAUACUGGCGAGUCUUUCAGCUGUGCUUGUUUUAUUACCUGUCGGAAUGUUCAGUGGGAUAAAAGAAAAGGAUUCCUUUGUACCGCUGUUCAGUGGAAUGGUUUUUGCUGGGUUUGGUGGAGCAUCGAUGACCUUGAUUGCUACAUCAAUGCUUCUCUGUUUUCCAGUUCUUCCUUGUAAAUAUUUCCAGUUUGAUGAUACCCAAAUUCCUGUUUAAAGGCUUAAACAAUGUUUACACCAAGCCAUAGCAACAUUUACAUUAACAAUGUAUGUAAUACACUAUGGACCUACACUGAAACUCAAGCAGUAGUAUUAGCUAGAAGCUUAUAUGACUAAUAGCUUUUUAGCUAAUCUGGAAGCAUUUAAAACAAUUAGGAUAAAAAUCCAAUGAAAAUAUUGUUUUACAAAUUGAAAGUGAAAACUGUCAUAAUCCUUUAAAAAUUGCUUAUCUUUUUGAGCCUUUUUUACAACUGUUGCUUCUAAGCUGGUUGAUUGCUAGCAAAUUGUUUGACAUUGACUCACCAACUUUGUUAGAUUUUUUUAAUUAUGACAGAAAUGUUAAGAAUAAUAAAAUGUACUUGGAAAAUGUG